GUAAUGAUUUUGAUCAACAUCAAUGGGAUUUAGCAAAAAUAUAUGAAAAAUAUAAUGUAUAUAAAUUAUAUUAUUAUAAAUCUAAAUUAGCUUGCUUGAUAAAUAAUUUCAAAAGAAAUCAAAAGCAAAAAAAUAAAGGCAAAGAAUCUGCCUCAAAGUUUAUACUACAAAAAAAAUAUAAAAACCAAACAUUAAAUGAAAAAAAUAAAGAUUCUAUAUCAACUCUAACUAUGGUUUCUAUAGCUCAAGAACAAAACAAUUUUAUUGAAUAG